AUGUCUUCGUUCCUGAGCUGGUCCCAGGAAAAUUUAUCCCAGACUUUUCAGUCUUUUAAAGAUUCCGUGAAAAAAGACAGCGGACUGGCUGCUAUUCGUGAAAGACAGAAUAAGAAACGUAGGAGAGAAAGAUCUCCUUCCCUAUCUGAGCUCUCAUCAGGGGAAUGCUCAUCGUCUUCGCCUUCAGAAAUUUCCAGUCUGGCUUCAAGUGUGGAGGAAGGGUUUCCACAAGAAGAGCUAAUAAAGUUAAUCAAAGAAGUAUCAACAGUUAUACAGUAAGGUAAAAGACUUCCCUAUGCAUCCUAAAAUCAUGGAUCUCCUACAAAGAGAGUGGAAGAAUCCUGAAAGAUGUGCUUUUAUUUCUAAGCACUUUAAACUUCUUUUCAAACUACAAUCUGAAGAAAAAUGGGAAGACCUUCCCAAAGUUGACAUUCAGGUGGCUCAACUAUCAAAGAAGACCACUAUACCUAUUGGUGAGGUUUCUGGGUUGAAAGGUCCCAUGGACAAGCGAGCCGAAACGUCUAGCAGAGGGAUUUUCCAAGCCGCUGGCUACCAAUGCAUAGCGGGUUCAGCAGUUCUUAAAGCACAGAGUGUGUGGCUCAAAGCACUAGAAGAAUCACUCAUGGGAAAAUUGGAUAAUGAUCCGGCUCAGCUUCUGUUCCUCCUGAAACUGUCUAACGAGUUUCUUUCAGAUGCCUCUGAUGAGAUGCCACGUUUAUCCGCCAGGAUCAUGGGUUUGUCCUCAGUGGCUAGAAGAGCCUUAUGGCUCAGAACUUGGACAGCAGAUUCAGCCUCUAAAGCUGCCUUAUGUUAACUACCCUUUGAGAGAAACAAGCUUUUUGGUAUGCCUUUGGAAGACCCAAUUAGGCAGAUGUCUGAAACCAAGAAGGCUUUACCUCAAGAUUCAAGACCUCAGAACUAUAAAAGGUAUCAGUUCAGAGGAAAUUGUUCUUUUCGCUACCAGGGGAGAUUUCGUAAAUCUCAAAAACCUGGUGACAUCAGCAGACAAUGGUCAAAGCAAGAUCUCAACAAGCAGGACAAAAAGAAGAAAUAAUGACGCCAAGAGAGUAGGAGGGCGGCUUUGGUUCUUCACUCACAAAUGGAAGGAUACAGCUUCAAAUUGUUGGAUUCUAAGAACCAUUUCGGAAGGAUACAGAAUCCGUUUUUCUACAAUACCAAAGCCAUCUUUCCUGCUUUCAAGUUACCCGUCAAGGAAAACAUCUGAGGCUCUCCUGGCAGAAUCCCUUAUCCUUUUACGCAAGGAUGUUAUAGACAAG